AUGUCUCGACCUGUCCUCAACGGCUUGAACAGUGGCUCUCUCCGUACCAGGCUAAGCAGUGUCUGGACUCUGGAUGCCUUCACCUCUGAACCUGACUGCCUCUCCGUUGGCAGUGGAUCAAGAGAUUUUGUAUCGGGAGAGGCGUGCAAGUAUCUGAGGAGGAAGUGCGUGGAAGGAUGCGUCUUCGCUCCUUACUUCGACUCGGAGGACGGGACCUCUCUUUUCGCGGCGGUCCACAAAGUGUUCGGAGCCAGCAAUGCCACCAAACUCCUCUCUCCCAUCCCUCCUAGCCUCCGGCUCGACGCCAUCCUCACUCUCUCCUACGAGGCCACGGCCAGGGUUCGCGACCCCGUCUUCGGCUGCGUCUCCCAUAUCUUCUCCCUUCACCAACAGGUGGUGAACCUGCAGGCGGAAUUAGCGUACGUGCAAGCGCGUCUAUCAGCCGUGCAAGGCCUUCCACCCCCACCGCCGGCGCCGGAAGCAUCGUCUGAGGCUGACCUUCUGGAGGAGCCCUAAAAUUCCGACCCCAAUGACUUCUUCUUUGUUUUUUUUUUACUAACUUCUGUAACUUCGCUUUGUAUCUCAACAAAAAACAAUGCUCUUUCUUCUCUUUUUUUUUUAAUUAAAAUGUUCCA